AUGCCCGCCAGCCUUACCAUAACUCCUGCAGUUAUGCAGGUGAGUACAAAAGGCGGUCGGUUCAAACAUCGUCUGAAGUGCGUUGGAGAUCAACGAGUUGUUUUCAAAGUGAAGCUAAAGGCCAGAUACUACAAUUUUUAUAAACCUGGGAAAAUCGGUCAUGAUUACUUAGUGAUACAAUAUAUCAUCGCACCAUCCGGUUACGAUCCUCGUGAACCAUUCGUAAAAGGAGCAGAAAUUGGAAGACUUAUAUUCAAAAUUGUCGCGGUCGAAGGUGAACCAAUAAAACUUGAAGAGACGACCUUUAAAGGCGAAUUAGUUACUGAUCAUGGACAGGAGUGGGAUAAACCAGAGAAAUCGAAAGUUGCCUCUGCUGGUGAAGAUAUCAAUAAAGUAAAGACAAUGAAGCUAAAUCCGGUUGCUGAACCGGCGAAAGAAGAAGAUGAAUUGGAAGAACUAAAAGCUGCAAAGACGAUGAGGGCAGCACCGACGACAGACAAAGCGGAUGAGGUGAAUGAUUUCGAUAGAUGUAAAACAAUGAAAGCAGGUCCUGUUGCACCUGCGGAUGAUUUCGAUAGAUGUAAAACAAUGCGAGCAAACGCACUUGUACCCAUGGAGGAAAGCAUUAUAGAGAGAGAAUUCGAAGAAAAAAUGAAUACAGCAAUACAUGAAGAUGUGGGUGAUCAAAAAACUGGAAUUGAAGCUAAGCGUACGACUGGCAAAUCUUAUAAAGGUGCUAUAUAG